AUGCGUGACGACGAAAGUGCAGUGCGCGACAUUCGCAAACUUGUUAUCGACUGUUGCCGGCAGAAUGGUGGUGGUCAUGGAGGAUCAGCCAUUGGCAUGGCCCCUUUGGGAGUUGCUUUGUGGAAGCACGAGAUGCGAUACAACCCCCAUAAUCCUAACUGGUUUGACCGGGAUCGUUUCGUCCUUUCAAACGGCCACGCAGCUAUCUUCCUGUACACAAUGCUUCACGUCAGUGGCUAUCCGCAUAUGACUUUGGAUGAAUUGAAAUUGUACGCCAGCGCCAAAAAAGUGGAUCUCGCAACCGGAAAAUGGCAGGAGACUAUCUGCCACGGUCAUCCUGAAAUCGAGAUUCCUGGCGUUGAAGUAACUACCGGUCCUCUGGGACAAGGAAUCGCAAAUGCUGUCGGUUUGGCAUUUGCUUCUAAAAGCCUCGCAGGGCAGUUCAAUCGCCCAGGUCAUGAAAUCAUUCAAUCGCGCAUCUACUGCUCCACUGGAGAUGGCUGUCUUCAGGAAGGCAUAGCCCAAGAGGCCAUGGCUAUUGCAGGCCAUUUGCAAUUGGAUAAUCUAGUUCUUUGCUAUGACAACAAUGGAGUUACGUGUGACGGUCCCCUUGACUGGAUCGUUUCUGAAAAGAUAAACGACAAAAUGACCGCUUUGGGCUGGCAUGUCAUCGAUGUCUUUACGGGAGACACUUCAGUCUCCGAUAUUGUUGCUGCCCUGCAGCUCGCAAAGGCUGGAAUUAAGAAACCAGUCUUUCUGAAUAUCCGCACCACUAUCGGCUACGGCACAUCGACAGCAGGUACGGCCAAAUCGCAUCAUGGUACGUAUUCGGAUGCGGAUGCGCAACUAUAUUCGUGGAGUGAGCAGCAGCCUUCGCAUCAACUUUCCGACGGCGUGAAAAAAUACAUGGGAACCAGCGCCGCAAACGGGCAGCUGCAGGAGGAUGACUGGCAUGCAAGACUGGAAAUAUAUUGUAAGGGGUUCCCUCAUGAAGGCAAGCUGCUUCUUGACCGUAUCUCUGGCACGACACAUGUAUCUCAAGUGCUUGAGGAUUUGCAGCUACCGAAGGAGCCCAAACCAACCCGAGAAUUGAAUGGCCUGGUAUUCAACCAUUUACUGGACAACCUUCCCCAGAUAAUGGCUGGUGGUGCAGAUCUGUGGAACUCGAACCAGCUUGGGGAUCAAUCUCACCGCAUCUACGAUUCAAAGCACCCCCAGGGGCAAGUCGUUCGCUAUGGUAUCCGUGAACAUGCCAUGGCCGCAAUUUCCAAUGGGCUUGCUGCAUAUUCGCCGCGAGCUUUCAUCCCUAUCACCGCCACCUUCUUCAUGUUCUACCUUUAUGCCGCACCAGCUGUUCGUAUGGGUGCGUUGAGCCACCUUCCGGUCAUUCAUAUCGCAACGCACGAUAGCAUCGGUGAAGGUCAGAACGGACCAACCCAUCAGCCAGUUGAAGUUGACUCACUCUACCGCGCAAUGCCCAACCUAUUCUAUAUUCGUCCGUGCGAUGCUGUGGAGGUACUAGGAGCCUGGAAGAUUGCCCUUUCUUCGACCACAAGGCCAACGAUCAUUUCCCUGGCCCGAGACAAGCCAGAAUAUGUGGUCCGGAAUACCAGUCGCGAGAGUAUCUUACGGGGAGGGUAUACUGUUGUUGAGCAUACAGAUGCUGAAGUCACGCUGAUUUCUUGUGGCUCAGAACUCCAAUUUGCAGUCGCUGCUGCGGAUCAAUUGACAGAAGAAGGGGUCCCGACUCGCGUUGUUAGCAUGCCGUGCAUGGAGCUCUUUGAAGAACAGAGCGCUAGCUAUAAACUUUCGGUUCUGUCCGCCAGCCAGCAUAUAAUCUCUGUCGAGGCGUAUGUUUCCACGAUGUGGGCUCGUUAUUGCACUGCCUCAAUUGCCAUGGACUCUUUUGGAUACUCUGGACUUGGACGGGAGAAUUUCAUCCGUUUCGGCCUCGACCCAGCUGGUAUCGUACGUAAGGUCUACGCGCAUGUUGCAGCAAGAAAGGCAUCCGGCGAUAGACUUCUUCGUUGGGAGUUAUUGAAAUAG